AUGAACGGUGGGCGGUCAUUAUCAUUGACCCCGAAGUUCAGAGCCAUCUACAACAAACUAUUACAAGGAUCGAAGCCUUCGCAGAUCAGCCCAAAUGACUCCGAGGACGCGUUCUUCUCCCACCUUUUCUCUCUGGACGUUGAUCGAGCGUUCCUUCUCCAGAAGUUAAAUGAACCUUCUAAGUCAGCGUACCUCGGCUACUUGAAACCUCUCCUGAACACCAUAUUCCUACAAUGUGUGAAGCAGUUUAACGCCGCUCAGAAGGAGGACGUGCGUCGGGCGCAUUGUCUGGAGACUUUGCAAAUUAGCUUGAGGUGUAUGUUCAAUAAGAAUAUGUCUGGCUGGGAAGUCAUGGAGGUCAUGGCCGGCGGUGUUGGCCAAAGUGACGAGUACUUUAUGAAUUUCGUCGUGUUUAUCGAGGAGACCAUAGUGGAUACCCUUAUUCCUGCAAGAGUUAGGCAUCAAGCGUUACAGGUUGCUCUCAUCUAUAUGUGCGGCAUCGGGCAGCUGAGUCCUGGAGCGUACUUUCUGAGGCGUAAUUUAUUUCCAUCUAUUGCGACAUUCAUCAAGACACCCGAUACCGAGCAGUUCACGUUCGAAGCAUCGCUAUUGCUUGCUCUGCUCGCCAACUACCAUAAGUCUGACGCUGCGAAACUCAACCCGUAUCUGCAGCGUAUACGGCAAGUCGAUGACAAGGAUCUCAUUCGGCAGAUAUGUUGGGCAUCAGAUUAUGCACUCCAAGCUGCAAUUAAAGCUUACCAGGAGGUCUCUGAUGACUCGCCUCCUACGUUCACAUCCACUCUAGCGUCUAUGGUAAUAUCCAUGCGACCAGAUAGAGCACUAGCAUCGAAGCCUCUGGACCCUCCGCGGGAAUUAUUCAAGUCGCUGCCCAUAGAGGCGACUGCGGUGUUACUCCUGCUGUUUGAGUUCACAAGGACAAAUUCAACGUUCAAUUCAGUCCUAAUAGACUAUCUAUCGCCAGAUCUGGAGAAGCCGGGUACAUCAAAACCUAUCCAUGGACGCCUACCAUUAACCAUACUCACACUCUCUUCAUAUCUCAUCACCCAUGCUUCAUCAACCGCUUCACCCCGUGCCGCCGCGUACGCCAAUCUGUGUCUCAAUGUACUGCUGGCAUUUGUGGAGAACGGUGCCCUUUUGAGGGCGCUCACUCCCCCUGUUCCGCAGACUAUUCGACUUUGUCGACAGAGGCAACCACUUUUACCGAUAAUCAAUGCGCCUUUUUCGCCAUUGUGUUCGAUACUGGACUGCUGUGUUCUUUGGCUGCGCCAUAACUUGCAUAAACGAUUAGACACGGCAUCUUAUUUACUUACUGUUCAGAUUUGUUACAGGGUCCUAUGGGAUUUACAGAAUGGGCAGACCCGAUUAGAAUAUCAUUGGGGCGAGCUAUGGCGAGCCCUGUGCGGAUUGCUCGAAUUCCUAGUGGCAAAGCAAGAUAGCUUAGCUACUACGGGAGGCGUCGAGCAAUUGUCAAAAGAAACCAUCUUGUGCAUCUAUCUGUCACUUUAUCGAGCAGAUCAUUUUCUGCCGACGCCUCGCUUAAUACACGAAUUCAUAUAUGAACUAGUCAGAUCGUUAGAAUGCUUUCGAAAGCUCGCUAUUCUCCAGGAAACGCUCGCAGUACCACAAUCGCCAGGAAGAAGAGGCUCGAACUCCUUCGAACUACCCAUAGACAGACUCGGUCGAAUUAUCGCUACUCUGCAAUACUACGAAGAGAAGAUCCAAACAGCAGAUGCACGGUCUGCCAAGGCAGCGCUGCGCGUUUUAGCAGGCGAAGUGAAUCGCGACGGGGUACACGGAACACCUGAGCAGGAGAUCAGCGAACCAUCGAAGCAACUGGACGAUGUCCUGACGUUUGCUCGAUAUGCAUGCGCUGAUGGGCUAUCGUUGAUGCCAUAA